CACACACAUAUACAAUACGGAGGCCUUCAAUAAUUCACUUUGCGAGAGAGAAAGAAAGCUAUUACUUGUUACACUUUUCUACUGCCACGGCUGGCAGGUAGAGCUCAGCACGGCUCUUUCCUCUUUUGCAAGGUGUAUUGUUGAAAGCUUGUAUGCAUAUUUAUUGUAUAUGUUUAGAAUUGAGGCUAUGUGACAUUUUAUAGACAAUGAAUAUAUAUAUGGAUUAUAACGGUUAUUGAAACCAUUUUACAAAUUACUUAAAAUAACGCAUACACUGUUUUAGAGUUUAUUUUGAAACGCUUGAGUUUUGACGUUUGAAUUAGACAUCUCUCGUGUCCUUGGCAAUUCUUGGUUCCACUAGUACAGAACGUGUUCUACUGCAAGACGUGGAUUCUCGAACAUAAAGAGUCCUUUAAGAAUCGUCCUCGAGAAGAAAACCUCCGAUAAAACUUCGUCGAGUCGCGUUCACUCUCAACGAUCUACCAUGCUCACGACUGUGAUAAGAACCGUCAGCCGACGUUCGUUUUCCACAUCAAAGCGGGUAGCCGCACAGCAGAUGACUGUGCGAGAUGCUUUAAACUCAGCUCUAGACGAGGAAAUGGAAAGGGACGAAAAAGUAUUUCUUCUUGGUGAAGAAGUAGCCUUGUAUGAUGGUGCAUAUAAAGUCUCUCGAGGUCUUUGGAAGAAAUAUGGAGACAAACGAGUUAUUGAUACACCUAUUACAGAAGCUGGUUUUACUGGAAUUGCUGUUGGAGCUGCUAUGGCUGGACUGCGACCAGUCUGUGAAUUCAUGACAUUCAAUUUCUCAAUGCAAGCAAUUGACCAGAUUGUUAAUUCAGCUGCCAAGACAUUUUACAUGUCUGCAGGCAGAGUCAAUGUGCCAAUAGUAUUUCGUGGUCCUAACGGCGCUGCUGCGGGUGUCGGUGCACAACACUCUCAGUGUUUUGGUGCUUGGUAUAGUCACUGCCCUGGUCUAAAAGUAGUAGCACCCUACAACAGUGAAGAUGCCAAAGGUUUACUCAAAGCAGCCAUUCGAGAUCCUGAUCCUGUAGUAGUACUCGAGAACGAAAUACUGUAUGGUGUACAGUAUCCAAUGUCUGACGAGGCUCUGUCCAAAGAUUUCGUUCUACCUAUUGGUAAAGCUAAGAUAGAACGAGUAGGCAAUCAUGUGACUCUGGUAGCAUAUUCCAAAGCUGUAGAAGAAUCUCUCGAAGCGGCCAACGAGCUUGCUAAAAAAGGAAUCGAAGCUGAAGUGAUAAACCUUCGUUCUCUCAGACCAUUGGACAUAGACACGAUAAUACAGUCCGUAGUGAAGACAAAACAUCUGGUAUCUGUUGAGCAAGGUUGGCCACAAUGCGGUAUCGGUGCAGAAGUCAGCGCGAGGAUUGCCGAAAGCGAAGCCUUCUUUCAUCUUGAUGCACCUGUAAUCCGCGUCACGGGAGUUGAUACACCAAUGCCAUAUACAAAAUCACUAGAGAUCGCAGCCUUGCCACAAAUCAAGGAUAUAGUAUACGCUGUCAAUAAAGUAUUAGGAGUUACACAGUAGUCAAAAUAAUGUAUAAUUUAUAGGUAUAAAAACGUAUCUCUCUGUACGUGUAAAUAUAUAUUUUAAUAUUUAAUAUGUACGUAGCAAUAUUUUAUUUAAAGUACCGAGCAUAUAUAUUCAAUCAUGUGUAGAGACAAAUGCAUUUUAAUUACAAAUUCUAACACUUAUUAAAAAUUACAUAUUGGAUUUAAAUUAUAUUUUCUGGUUAAAAAAAUAGCUAAAAUAAUAGGCGUAUUUCAAUCUACUGCCACAUGUUUAAUAAAAACUGUUUUUCGCUCACUU